AUGUCGGACUCUCCUUCAGGAACCAUCUCUGUUGCAGUCUCCCAUACUUGCGUAGACAAAGAUGAUACGAAUGAUCUUCAUCUUCCCCAGCUCACAGGCAGCGAAGGCGGGUCUGCCGAUGAUAAAUCUCAUGACCAAGGGGAUGAUUGGGAACACGACCCAAUGAACCCUAGGAAUUGGUCUCCCGCAAAAAAAUGGAUAGCGACUUCACUCGUCUCCCUGUACACGUUUGUCACGCCGUUAGCUAGUUCUAUCAUGGCACCUGGUUUGCCCGACGUGGCUAUAAAAUUUGGUAUAACCGAUCCAACAGUCAUAGCGUUGACUCUGAGCGUCUUCCUUCUGUCGUUUGCCAUUGGUCCUUUGUUUGCGGCACCCUUGUCGGAAGUAUAUGGUCGUGUGUGGGUGCUCCACCUAGGAAAUCUUUUCUUUCUCGCAUUUAAUCUCGGCUGUGCUUUAUCACCCAACACUGUAUCUUUCAUUGUUUUUCGCUUUCUAGCUGGGUUUGCGGGGAGUGCGCCUAUAGCAUGCGGCGGAGGUGUCAUCAGCGACCUCUUCGCGGAACGCGAGCGUGCCUCGGCUAUGGCACUAUACAGUAUUGGACCCCUCAUUGGCCCCGCUAUCGGUCCCGUUAUGGGAGGUUUCAUCUCAGAGUCAGUCGGUAUACAGUAUGUUUUCUAUGUCGUCAUCGUUAUCUGUGGUGUUGCCGCCAUGCUUGGCAUUCCUCUCUUGAGAGAAUCCUAUGCACCGGUUAUCAAGCUUCGUCUUGAUAAAAUGGCGCGGGAUCCCGAAAAGACACCCGUGGGACAUCCCGUCGCGCACCACAAGGACAAAUGGGCUCAUUUAUGGACCGACCUCAAGCGACCGGUCAUUCUGUUGACCCGGAGUUUCAUAUGCUUCAUGCUGAGCUUGUAUAUGGCUCUUAUGUACGGUAUCUACUAUCUGAUGUUUGCUACUUUUCCCGACCUCUUUUCGAAAGUGUAUCACUUCAGCAUUGGGAUUGGAGGUCUGGCGUACCUCGGCAUUGGUUUUGGAUUCCUAACUGCCACCUUGUUCGGUGCCAAACUUUCCGAUAAGAUAUACAUAUACCUUGCUGCAAAAAAUGGAGGGGAGGGUAAACCAGAGAUGCGUGUGCCUGCUCUGAUAUUCGGCUCGUUCUUCGUCCCGGUGGGACUCUUUUGGUACGGCUGGUCUGCCCAAGCCGAGGUCCACUUCAUGAUGCCCAUCAUUGGUACCGCUAUCUUCGGAUUCGGAUUGAUGACAACUUUCCUCCCUAUUCAACUAUAUCUCGUGGAUACAUUUACUUAUGCUGCAAGCGCUGUUGCAGCUGCUUCCACGUUCCGUUCAUUGCUUGGAUUUGCAUUCCCUUUGUUUGGACAGCAAAUGUUUGCCACACUCGGCUAUGGUGGGGGCAACUCCCUGCUUGCAGGUCUUGCUAUUAUCAUUGGCAUACCCUUCCCCAUCUGGAUAUACUACGCCGGCGAACGUAUCCGCGCGAAGAGUUCUUUGACUCGUUGA